CACAACUCAGAUUUUGCCGUUGAAAAUGACAUAGAGAAAUCUGAGUUGUGCUUUUUUGUCUGCUUACAAACUGGCUAUAUUCGACAGGCCGGAUACCCUACGGAUGUUUUUUGGCUUCGGGUGUGAUCUUCAAGAGCAAAGGCCGCCCCCACCAACGAAGCCCGAUCACCGGAUUGUAUACAAUUGAUCCACCACAAUGUCGAUGUCAAAAACGACAAAUACAUACAAUAGGCAGAAUUGGGAAGAUGCUGAAUUUCCAAUUUUGUGUCAAACUUGCUUAGGAGAUAAUCCGUACAUUCGUAUGACCAAGGAAAAGUAUGGCAAAGAGUGCAAAAUAUGCAUGCGACCGUUUACAGUGUUCCGCUGGUGUCCAGGUGCCAGAAUGAGGUUCAAGAAAACAGAAGUCUGCCAAACUUGCAGCAGGUUGAAAAACGUUUGUCAGACCUGUCUAUUGGAUUUGGAGUAUGGUCUACCUAUCCAAGUGCGAGACUCUGCUCUCAAGAUCAAGGAUGAUAUUCCACGCUCCGACGUGAAUAAGGAAUACUACGUUCAGAACAUUGACAGUGAGAUCAGUAAGAUUGAUGCUACUACACCUGCUGGGGCCGUUGGAAAAUCGGCAGCAGCUAGCGAUUUGUUGAUGAAGCUAGCUAGGACAUCACCCUACUACAAGAGAAACAGACCGCACAUAUGUUCGUUCUGGGUGAAGGGGGAGUGUAAGAGAGGAGAGGAGUGCCCCUAUCGGCAUGAAAAGCCCACGGAUCCUGACGACCCCUUGGCAGAUCAGAAUAUCAAGGAUCGUUACUAUGGUGUUAAUGACCCAGUGGCGGAUAAACUGAUGAGAAGGGCUGCCGCAAUGCCUAAACUGGAUCCACCAGAGGACAAGGCUAUAACGACGCUCUAUGUCGGCAACUUGGGCGAGAUAAUAACCGAAAAGAUCUUGAGAGAUCAUUUUUAUCAGUAUGGCGAAAUUAGGUCGAUAACAAUGGUUCCCAGACAACAGUGUGCCUUUAUACAGUACACGCAGCGUAAUGCUGCAGAGGCAGCUGCUGAAAGGACGUUUAACAAGCUUAUACUUGGUGGCAGACGCUUAACUAUCAAGUGGGGACGCUCUCAGGGUCGGCAAGCGGUAUCGGCAGUAGAGGGUGUUAGAGAAACUUUGGAGCCUGUGCCUGGUCUUCCGGGAGCUCUGCCUCCACCACCUGAAAACGUGACCAACAAUUUCUUUAAUCUACCUGGAAUGAUGCCACCGCCAAUUAUUCCGCCUCCGCCAAUGCCACCACCUGCUUUCCUUUUUACUCCUCCAAUGGCUCCACCAGUCGCGCCAAUAUAUCCACCUGGCACGGCACCCACAGGCAUACACUACCCCAGUCAAGAUCCAUCUAGAAUGGGAGCAUCUCAAGGUAUAGGGAAACCUUGGCCAGAAGAAUAAUCAUUACAUAAACUAAGUUAAUUUUUGCAUAGUGUAAUAAGUUUACAUGAAAGCAAAUACUAUUUAAGAUUCAAAAGUACAUUUAGUUGUUUGGAAUUUAUGAUUAUGACAAUUGUAAUUUUGAGAAUUCGUUGACCAUUUUUAAGCUUGAAUAUUGUCAGUGACUACUAUGGUGUUAUCAUUUGAGUUUACAAAUUAAGAAAAACAAUUUUAAUAAAUACAAAUAUUUUUGCGAAUUUUUAAAAUUAUAAACAGGUAAUU